AUGGAUGAUGAUGAUGAUCAUCGAGAAGCACAAAUUCGUCCAUUAGCUGGAACUACACGUCUUCGUUUAUGUGCUGGUCAAGUUUGUGUUAGUGUUGCUUCAUGUGUUAAAGAAUUAAUAGAAAAUAGUCUUGAUGCACAUAGUACACGUUUACAAUUGACAUUUAUUGCACAUGGUGCUGAUCUUAUUGAACUUGUUGAUAAUGGUGAUGGAAUUGCUGAACAUGAUUUUGAAAAAAUUGGACUUCGAUAUCAUACAUCAAAAUUAUGUCAAUAUGAAGAUCUUGAACAUGUAAAUACAUAUGGAUUUCGUGGUGAAGCUUUGUCAUCAAUUUGUAUUUAUGCUGAUGUAACAAUUAUUACACGUCAUGCAUCAGCAUCAAUAGGAACAAAACUAGUAUUUGAUGGUGAAGGUCAAGUUAUUUCACGUACUCCAUUUCCUCGAGAAAUUGGUACAACAGUAUCAAUUCGUUCAUUAUUUAGUCGUUUCCCUGUUCGUCGUACUGAAUUACGUACACAUUCAAAACGUGAAUUUUCUCAAGCAUUAAAUAUCGUACAAUCAUUUGCAAUUAUAUCACGACAAAUUCAAUUUUUUCAAAUAUUAUCAUCAUCCGAUAAUCAUCCACCAACACAUCCAUUAUUAACAUUAACUCCAUCAACUUCAUUAAAAGAUACAUUAGCACAAAUAUUUGGACAAAAAAUACUUGAUAGUAUUAUACAUAUUGUUGAUAAUGAAGAUAAUCAAAAUAGAGAGUUUAAAUUCGAUGGUUUUAUUUCUCGACCUCAACAUGGUUCUGGUCGUUCAUCAACUGAUCGACAAUAUCUUUAUGUAAAUAAUCGACCUAUUGAUUGUGCACCUUUAUUACGAACAAUAAAUGAUAUAUAUCGACAAUUUAAUCCAAAUCAAUAUCCACUUGUUUUCGAUGGUUUUAUUUCUCGACCUCAACAUGGUUCUGGUCGUUCAUCAACUGAUCGACAAUAUCUUUAUGUAAAUAAUCGACCUAUUGAUUGUGCACCUUUAUUACGAACAAUAAAUGAUAUAUAUCGACAAUUUAAUCCAAAUCAAUAUCCACUUGUUGUAUUAAGUAUUGAAGUACUCGAUCGAAGUACACUUGAUGUUAAUUGUACACCAGAUAAACGAACUGUUUUUAUUGAACAUUUAUCAAAUAUGUGCGAUCAAAUUCGAAAUAUUCUUAAUAAAUUAUUUGAAACAAGUAGUAAUGUUUAUGUUAUAUCAAAUAAAAGACAACAAGAAACAAUAGAAAAUCAUGAUAUUCCAACACCACCUAUAAAACAAAUGAAAAUUGAACGUUUUGUUAAAAAACCUUCACAAUCUUCUGAUAUUCCAAUUUUGACUACUAGUAAUCCUUUAUCGAAAUUUUCUGGUCCUUUCAAUGUGAUUCGUAGUGAAAAAUCGAGUCUAUCUUCAUCAAAUUUAUCAACACAAGAUCGAACAUUAUUUACAUUUGAAUCAUAUCCUAUUGCAAAAAGUAGUGAAUCAAGCAUUCCAAAUGAUGAUCAAGAUGAAGAUGAAGAUGAAGAUGAAGAUGAUCCACAUGUUGUUACUUUAGUGCAUGGUAGUCCAUCAAAAAAAGAUUUUCUAGAUAAAAUUAAACAACUUAAACAAAACGAUAUAACAGAAGAAGACGAAAUUGAAAUACCAGUUUCUACUGAUCAUGAUUUACAAAUGUAUACAUCAACACCAAUUGUUAAAGAAAAAUCUCAACCAAUCGAACAAUUCGAAAGUAUUAAAGUAACAUCAUAUAAGUCAUGUGAAAUUAAAGUUAAAUUCAGUAUGAAUAAACUUAAAGAAAAAUAUCGAUCAAUGACUGAAAAAGAUGACAUAUCAUCAGCAAUAUCAGAUCAUCGUUUUAAUAUUCACAUUGAAGAAGAUCAAAAUGACGAAGCUGAAGAUGAAUUAAGACGACAAAUUGAUAAAACUGAUUUUGAAAGAAUGCAUAUAAUUGGACAAUUUAAUCGUGGUUUUAUACUUGUUACACUUGUUGAUCAUUCAUCACAAUUAUUUAUUGUUGAUCAACAUGCAGCUGAUGAAAUAUAUAAUUUUCAUCGUCUUUAUGAACAAACAAUUGUUAGUCGACAACCACUUCUUCAUCCAAAAUCCAUACCACUUGAUCCAUCUCGACAAGUUCUUCUUCAACAACAUUUAGAUUUAUUUAAUCGUCUUGGAUUUGAUAUUGAAAUUGAUGAAAAUGAAACACGUAUUGAUCGUCGUUGUCGUAUUCUUUCCUAUCCAACAGUAUCUGGUGCUCAAUCAUGUGUAUUUGGUAUUGAUGAAAUUGAUGAAAUACUUUCACAUUUAAAUGAUACAAGUCAAAAAAUAUGUCAAGAAGAACAACACUAUGAAUCAUCUCGAUUACGAAAAGUAUUUGCAUCGAAAGCUUGUCGAAUGUCAAUUAUGAUUGGUACUGAUUUAACACGAAAACAAAUGAUAAAUGUUGUUCAACAUCUUGGUCAAUUAGCUAAACCAUGGUCUAGUUCAGAAGAGCAACAUAUUAUUUCAAAUAGAAUAGACAAAGUGCCCAAAUUUAUAUGUAAUGAAAGAGCAUUUUUCAAUAAUCAAACCAACUCAUUUGAUAAAACAUAUACGUAUAGUUACGACGGAUUUAAUUGUAAAACAUCUUUACCUAAAAUUCCAAAUGAAAAUCAAAUAACAUCAACAUUAUUAUCAAUCAGACAUUUAGUUCUUCGAAUUGCAGUGUUUUACGAACGUAAAACAACAACAGAAAUGGUCUUUGGCAGUGGUUGUUUGAUAACUAAUAAACUUUUGUUAACAUCUGGUCAUACAUUUGAUCCAAUACAAUGGGGUACUGAUAAAGUAUCUUAUUCUAAAAUAUUAGUAGCUUUUUGUGAUCCUGUUCCUGAUACAGUUUUUUCGUUUCUAAAUCCUCAUCAAACUGUAUAUCAAGCUAAAAUAAUUCAACGUGGUAUAGUAGAGGACCACAUUACUGAUUAUACUGAAAUCAAAGAUAAUUAUACAGAUCUUGCUUUACUUGAAUUAGAUAAUGAAGUAGAAAAUGUAACAAUGGAUCAAUAUUUUGAUCCCAAAUUCGAUUUAAAAUCAUCAAAACUCGUUGAUGUUCUACUAAAUUCAAAACUGUAUCUCAUUGGGUACAACGGGGAAUUAAUUGAUCAAGAUGAAUUAAAACCUUAUCAAUAUUUGAAAGAUUUCAACGAUUUAACAAUCGACAAGCUGAAUAUUUAUCAUAACGUUAAUUACAAAUCUAUUUCCAUAGGAAAUCUUAUAAAAGAAGCAUCUGAAAGUGAUCAAUACUCUUUACAUAACUGCAGUACCUUAUCUGGUUCUAGUGGUUCAAUUAUACUGAACUGCUACGGAAGUUUGGCCGGUAUUCAUAUUGGUAUAAAUAACUUUCGAAAAGGAAGAGAAAAUGAUAUCUUUUUUAAUACAGAAACAUAUAAUAAAUAUGUUUCAAUUAAAUCAAAUCAAUUUCGAACAUUUAUUCGUGAAACAGUUUUACCAAAUAUCAAACAUGAUGAAUUAGUAAAAAAAUGGCUACUUGAUUCUAAAUGA